UGCCAAUGCGGCUGCAUCUUCAUCUUCCCACCUCGUAAUAUCCCACCUCCGUCACUCGUUCCGGCGCAUCGGCGGCACAUACGCUCGCAGCCAUGGGCGUCGUCAUCAACCAGGAGCCCGCGGCCCUCCCCGCUGCCGACCUGUCCCUGUUCCACACCACAGACGAGCUGCUCUCCAACUCGCCGGUACUGAUCUUCUAUGGGCCGACUUCGACCUCCGCACAAACGACAAACUCGCGCAUCCAGACCCACGUGUUUACCACAGCCGGCCUCUCGAGCUACGCACGCCUUAUCAUAUCGCCCACCGCGUCUUUCUACAAUGCCGUCUCGUGUCUGCCGCGAGAAGAGCAGGGCGACGAGAUAUGUCGCGGCCUGGCCUUCAGUCUCUACAAGUACUUCGUCGAGCUGCCCGCAGAGGUGAAGAAUGCGUGGGAGAGGCGCUACAGCACCAGGGCCAACAUGCACAUGGCGCCUGCGCUGUUCACUGAGCAGCACGCUGCCAUCGUUGCCGCCAAGAUGGUCAAGGUCGAGAACGUAGAAGAAGUCAUUGUGGACGUGCGCCAUGCGCUUGGAGAGCAGACCCUCUCGUGGGUGGACAUGGAUGUCGUCUUACCGCGAGGAAGCAUACACAAGGUGGACACACGCGAGUCUGCUCAGUUCGACGAGCCAGAAGACGACGCCCUUGAGCAACAGUACGGAUCGUAUGCGCCAGUGAUCAGACUCUUUGGAGAGUCUACCUUCCUCCCCACAUCACGUCUCCGCAGAGCACCUUCCAAAGCCAAUCAACUCAGCCGGUCGCAGUCUUUCUCGAGGAAGCAGAAGGAGUCACUCCGCCGCGAAAUGUGUGAGCUGUUGGACACGGAGGAGAGCUACGUCAGCAAAGUUCACGACCUGGUCAACAAUGUGGCAGUCGAGUUUCGUGACAAGGCCAAGCACAGGUCGUCUUCGAGCACUAGUCCAAACGAGCAGACCCUGCAAGGCUUGUUCCCUCCCAGCCUGGACAAGAUUCUCGAGGUCAACUCGAACUUUUUGGAGGAAUUGCGAGUAAUCCUGGAAGAGACGGAGAAUGGCGCAAUUCAAGACAUCGAAGAGUCUACAGAUGACGUCUUCAUCGCCCCGCUGCGAGGUCAAAAAGAUCCACCAGACGUUACCGGAGCCGCAAGGGUUGCAAAAGCACUCGUGGCAUGGUUCCCAAAGUUUGGCGACUGCUACACUGACUACAUGGUUGCACAUGGUGACUUCUCGCAAUUGCUGAAAGCUUUCACCAAAGAGCCUGCCUCCAGCUUCUCGAAGAGGGUCUACGAGACCGGCGAACAGCGACUGACAUCAUUGCUCAUCGAGCCUGUGCAACGCCUGCCGCGCUACAGCCUCUACAUUGACCAGAUUGUCAAGCAGCUGCCAGUUCGGCAUCCGGCGAUCAAGACAUUCCUCAAGGCUAGAGACAUCAUCUCCGAAAUCUGCUCAAGAGAAGGUUCGACAGCGCAGCAAAUGAAGGUUUCCGAUCGUUUACGCAAGACGGUGCAGCAGUGGCCAUCAUCGUUCAGACCUCAAGGAAGACUGAUCACAGCCAUCGAUGUCGUAGAACUCGCACCACCCUACCACGGAGAGCUCAGUGGCCCUGCCACCUCACCAGGAAUCUUUGUUCUCUUCUCGGACUUCCUCGUGAUACUGCACAAGCCAAGUGAUUGCAGGGUAACUGCACGUAGCCUGAUGGCCGAUCUGGACAGCCCCAGACUCAACGAGUCUUCUGAUGACUCUGAGCUUGUCUACCAUCAGCAUCUGAGAUUAUGCGAUGUCUUUGCCAGCGAGCACGCAGAAUCCAGCAUUGUCCAACUGCUGUCUCCAAGUCCACGCACGAUCCAAAUGGGACGGCCGUUGACUCCAGAUCGCCAGAAUAUCGGUAUCCGUAUGUACUACGUGCAAGGAGCAUAUGAGGGCCGAGCACAAAGGGUCAUCGAAGAUAUCACCAAAGCCAGAAUCGAAGGACGAUUUGCAGAGGCUGAACGGGAGAGCUACAAGUGGGAGGUGCGAAGCCGACCUGGCGACCUCAGCCUGUUCUCGUCCAUCACUGAAGAGACGGGAGGUGCGCCACCUGAGGGCCGCAAAGAACCUGCGAAGAUACAGAUCCUGGUCGAGGCACCUAAAUUCUCACAGCCAAUUGAAGUAGGCUACGAUGGUAUCGAAGUGGUCGUCAAGAUCACUAUUCUUGACAACGGAUUUUACCUUAUGGAUAUCAGUGGACCCAACGGCUACCUUGCACGGGACAAGCUCACCAAGGUCGAGUUCUUGCCUGUGCUGACAAAACGACUCGCCAACUACUUCCAGCAGCGCAACAACAUCAAGAACCCAGUCUUAUCUGAGGCCUACCUCUACCAGAACCAGCUGAUUCUCCAGUCGCUGAAUCUUCGACUCACAGAUGUGGAAGAAUGGAGAGAGAUGAAGAGCCGACCUGCUUCGCCGGUCAAGAUGCUUAGCAACAUCUUUGGCGCAAGUGUCAGCAGGGACGGUGGUGGACGGAAGCUGCAGCGCAAUGUGCACACUCUGGGAGAUAUUCCUCGCAUGGCGCCUCCCCUUCAACUCGUGCCAACGCGCACCCAGAGUCGCGACGGCCCCAGCUCACGGCCGACCUCGUCAAGGAGUGCUGUCUUCGACGAAUUGCAACCAGUCGACUCGCUCUCAAAGCUAGAAGACUCUUUAGCGAAUAUCACAAUGGCUUUGUCAGCUCGCAAGGGCAACAUCGUUGGCCGGUCAGUCCGCGCCAGAGUUGUUGCAGACGAGCUUGUGGUUAAUGAACUCUACAACUCGCUCCUGGAAUCGCCUUCGAAUCUCGACCUCGCCUCGCAGUCUUCUGUUGACGUACUUUUCGCUGUGUUCGACAAAUUCCUCAAUGUUGCUUGGAAGGAGAGGAUGGGUCCAGUGCUGUCACACGCGACUUUCGUAUCAUUGCAGAUGCGAUCAGACAGCAUGUACCCUGGUGAAUUCGAGGAAUAUUUCCGCGCGACAUUCAACAACCUCGCGCCUCAAAACCAACGGGCGACACGAGUCAUCAUCCAGCUUCUGGCAGAACUGCUCGAUGGCACCAGCAACGAUGGAGACCGUGGUAUAUUAACAGCUGCGUUUGCCGAGAUGAUGGUACCUGCAGGAAACGCAAACGACUUCAUAUCGUUGGUAGAUCGUCUCGUACAAGACAUAGACGCACUCUUCCCCGCCGAGACCCCUGGCACCGCAACACCGAACUACGGAUCCAUGGACGCAAAGGGUCGCCAUAACGCUGGCGGCUCUAUCAACUCGAACACUUCCCUGAGGCGCCGAUUUGGCUUUGGAAACCUGUCGAGGGAGAACAGCAAGUCCGAAAACGAAUCCAAAGUCAGCUCACUUUGGCGGUCUUUGAGCAAGAACAGCCACAGCCAGGAAAACUUCUCAGCCAGUGUGUCGAAAGCUGGAACUCAGUCAGUUGGCCGCUCCAAUUCUAUAGAUGCUGGCCGCCACUCGCCUAAGCGUCCAUCAUCACGCGAUCGCCCGACUGUCCUCGGCGCUUUCCAAUAUGAGAGUGGGAGCCAGACUAAUCGCUCUUUCUUGGGGACCAUUGGCGAGGUACCACCUUCCAAACUUGCCGUCCCUACCCAGCCUCGCAAGAAGCGUCGUUCUUCAUUGAGCGACCUUAAAGAACUGCAAUUUGCUGACAAUGCACCCGCGUGGUCCUCACAGACUCCUCGCCGGCCUGACUCUACAUUGCCAAAGAAUCGAGAGACACGAGAGACACGAGAUACACGAGAGACUCGAGGCAGCAUCUCGCCCCCUCGGACGCCUUUGCGUACCACCGUAUCUUCUCACAAGCACACGUCAUCUAUCCCAGCUCCGAUGCGGUUAGGCUCACCGAUGCGAAAAGAGAAUGAGCCUGCCCCGCCGCUUGCACGACGGGGUAGUGUUCAACCUGAGUCGCGACCUGUCCAAGCCUUCACUCGCAGGGGCAGCGUACAACCUACGCCAGCGCCAGCUACACCUAGGCGAGAGAGUAAAGACGAGAUCACGAUCAAGUCUUUCGCACAAUCAACGUCAACACACUCCAGGAGACGUAACGAAUCGAUCACUAGUAUACCCACUCUUAGGCCCAUGUCUGGCUCCAUUGCCGGUCUGUCAGAACGUCCAGGCUCUGGGAACCCCGUUAGGUUACCUCCUUCCACACCCCGUUCUCCUAUCAAAGCUGUUGCACCCUCAGCAAGUGUUAAUGGCAGUGUCACCGGUACUGGCUCGACAGGCACGCCACGCAGACUUCGUAUGCAGUCUCCACAGAAGCUACGCGAGCGACUCCAAACGCAACAAAAGGACAUCGAGAGCGCAUCGCAUGACCUGCAGACUGUUUUGAACGAUAUUGGCAACGAGCUGAAUGCUAAGAGCACUCCGCGUCUUCACCCUCAGACUUCUGCUCCUUCCCUGGGAUCGGGCACGCCCGCCAAAGCACAGUCUAUGACACUAGAAGCUCGGAUAGCUGCUCUAGAGAAACAGGCCAAAGCCACCCUCGAAGCUCUCUCAACUCGCGCUGCUACCAUUUCGUCAGAUGUCACGACUUCUCUGCAAGUGUCUGAAGCGCGCGUCAAGCAGCUUGAUCAGCUCUACCGCGACUCCAAUGCCGAGAACGAGGCACUGUAUGCACGCUUCAACGAAGAGCUGGAGAAGGUGACCAGCAGUGCGCGCAGAGGCAAGAUUGGUGAAGAAGUUGAUCGCCGACUCAGGGCUAGUGAGGAAGAGGCUGCGAGGUUGAGAAAGGAGAACGCGAGGCUGAAGAGGGAGGUUGCGGGAUUGAAAGCGCAGAUCAGGGAGUGAGUGAGUUGCACUCACUGCUCACACUGAUCCUCCUUCCUUCAAGUUGUCGUGCCACGAAGGCGAGCUUCAUUGACGCAGCGCAGUUGGCUUCCGUUCAUCAGCUUGUUUGCGGUGCAAUUCGUUCCUGAUUUUCAAAUUCCUCUCACUUCAACCGUUCGCG